CGCCUCUGGUCCUGUUCCGCUCUGUAUGAUUGAGCGGCGGCCGCGUCUGUCUUCGCCUUUGGUCCUUCAGUGGUUGGUUUGCGAGCUGCUCCUGCGUGGGUCGCGCCGAUGUUUUCUUCCGUUUCGCACUUUGUUAUUCGUGCGACGUUAAAAAAAUCGCAGUUCCAUCGUGGUGUUUGUUUCUUCUUAUGAGCAGUUUUGUUAGUUCGGGAUGUUCUUAUCCUCAUCAUGGAGACGAAACGAGGGGAGAUUCCCAGCGGCGUAUUGGACGACCUCUGCAGCCGAUUCAUCCUGCACAUUCCCAGUGAAGAACGAGACAAUGCAAUCCGAGUUUGUUUCCAGAUCGAGCUUGCCCACUGGUUUUACUUGGACUUCUACAUGCAGAACACACCAGGAUUGCCUCAGUGCGGGAUAAGAGAGUUUGCAAAAGCUGUUUUUAAUCACUGUCCUUUUUUAUUGCCACAAGGAGAAGAUGUUCAGAAGGUUUUAGAACAGUGGAAGGAGUAUAAAAUGGGGGUUCCAACAUAUGGUGCAAUUAUUCUCGAUGAAACACUUGAAAAUGUCCUGCUCGUUCAGGGUUAUCUUGCCAAGUCUGGCUGGGGCUUCCCCAAGGGCAAAGUGAACGAGGAUGAGGCUCCCCAUGACUGUGCUGCACGAGAGGUGCUGGAAGAAACUGGAUUCGACAUUCGAGAUCGCAUCUGCAAAGAUACUUUCAUUGAGCAGAGAAUCACGGAUCAGUUAGCCCGUUUGUACAUAAUCCCUGGGGUUCCCAAGGAGACCAAGUUUAACCCUAAAACAAGGAAAGAAAUCCGGAAUAUCGAGUGGUUUUCAAUAGAAAAGCUUCCAUCGCACAAGAAUGAUAUGACUCCUAAAUCCAAACUGGGACUUGCACCCAAUAAAUUUUUUAUGGCCAUUCCAUUUAUGAGACCUCUCAGAGAAUGGAUAGCUAAAAAGCAAGGAGAGUCUUCAGACAGUGACAAUGGAUUCCCUCCCAAUGGUAGCACACCAGCCAAACCUCAGAUGGACAAAGUUCGGUCUAGAUCAAGACAGAACCAGACAAUUGUGGAUGGGUCUUCAGGAGACAGCUGGUUGAAACAAAAGCAACAAAAGCCAUUCAGCCAAUCUACUCAACACGACUUAUCUGAAUUCUUAAAAGUCAAAAAUUUGCGAGGUAAUGGAAAAAAACACCAAGAUUCUCCAAACCUAAAGAAAAGGGCAAAUGGUGUCAGCAAUCAACAGGUUAAACAUCACCAGUCUGCAAAAGCGGAGAAGAGGCUUCAGCCGAGAAGACUGCAGGAUAACUUUGAAACCGAUGCAGUAUGUGAUUUUUGCAGCUCCAAUGAUGAACAGCCUCUGACACAUGCGGAGGGAGUCCCUACUACAUGCAACGGGGAAUGUGAAAAUGUCCUUUAUUCCAGUAUUGGUUUUUGUUCAUCAAAGCAGUGGACUGCAAGCUCCUUUAACACUGUGUUCUGUUAUGUGCAAGUUAAGUCCUGGCAUGACCUUACAAAGCAAUUGGGACAUUAUUCACCACGCUACCAUGUGCUACAACUGUUUUAGAUCUUUCACAGCUAAUCAAGUUUAGAAAUUGUACCCACACUGCGCUUACUUCUGGACGUAGAUAUGGUAUCGUAGUUUAUUGCAAGGCUGUGUUGUGACCAGAUGCUGCUGUCCUGACAUCCCACAAAGCUGCAAGAGAAACAACUUGAGGACGCAACUGUUGCUGCUGUUUCUCUGUCAGCCGUCACUGAAGCCUCCUGUCAUCUAGAACAUGUUCUUCAGUUUAAAAAAUUGGCAUCGCAGUGACAUAAACAAUGACUCAAACAGUUGUAGCAGCAUGUGAUGAUGCCGUCUGUAGCACUGUAUUUUUUUGUUUCGUUGGUGUAGAUGAACAUUUUUAGGCACUGGUACUGUGUAUAUAAUAGUGUAUUAAAAUCAUCACCCAGGGAAUAUGACUUAAGGGCAACAAUUUGUUUUCAGAACUGAUGAUGAAUUUUGAUCACAUUGAGCACCACGUUAUUCAUGUAUUCAACUGACGCUUAAAUAGUGUAAUCAUUUACAGAAUAUCUUCUGGACGUUAAACAUUAUUGGAGAUGAUGUUCCAUUUUUUUUUACUGUUUGUAUUUCAUGCUUAUAUUCCAACUGUUGUGAUUUCAUGCAGGUUAUAAGUUUUCGAGCAGUGCUGUGUUCAGCUCAACUCCAGAGGCUUCGGAUCAGUUCAGCGUUCUCUUUGCAAUUUUCUAGUGAGGUUUGACGGUGCUUCUUUGGAAUGUAGCAGCAAGAUCAUGUUGUUGUGCACAAUUCAUGCAUCAGACCUGACGAACGGCUUUGAAGCAAUGGGAAACUGCCAAUAGAGUUAAACCCAUUACACAUAAGGAACAAAAUAGUCUGUCUUAAACAUAUCCAGUCUUCAUAUAGCUUUAUGGAACAUUAUGUAUGUAGUACAGCUUUUAAGACAGGCUCUAUAAACCUGACCUCUGCAGUCUGAUCUUCUUGGGAAGCCUUCAGUGUGCUCUGCAGCUACAACAUCUCUGCAAUGCCGAGUUAGUAGUCUGAAGCUCAUUGCAUCGUGAAACUUUCAAAUAUUUCAUGGUCAUUCCACAGUAUGCAGCCUUGUUUAAAUACAAAUCCAAAUAAUUCUGCUUUGAUUUUGAAGGUGCUAUGGAGUGCUUAGUAAAGAACCUUCAGCAACAAUAAUUUACUGUUGGUGCAAAAUUAAGUGGUAUUUUGCCUGGACCAGAAUUAUGCAUUUUUCACCUUAUGUUUGUGUUUUUUUUUAGCAGAAAUGAACCAUUUUGUAUUCAUUGCCCAUCUAGUAGUAUUUUAAACAGACUACAAUGGGGAGGUGGUUUUCAGAGUCUAGUUUUUUAAAAGAGUACAUAUCUUAUAUCUUUUGUAUGUGUACAUUAAUCUGCAUUUUAAGUCCUUGUAUUUUUCCCCGGAGAUGUGAUAUGCUGUUAGAUUAGAACUUUGUUUUAGUCAUAGUGUGGCAGAAAAUGUUCUAGUCAAUGGUAGUAGUUUUGUAAAUGUGGCACUGACAUUUAAAACUAAAUGCAGUAACCUACGUUGAGAGAUAAUAAACCACAUUUAUAAGGCAAUGUUCUGAAAAAAGAUCAUUUCAUUAAGUAUUGCUUUUGUGUGUAAGUGGUUCCAGAUGAAUGUUUUUUUUUCAGCUGUGUAUUCAGUUCUGUUUACUAAUGACAACAUAUGAUGAUGCUCUGAGUUAAAAAAAAAAAAAACACCCUUCCACCUAGUAUAAAAGACCUUGGAAUCCCUGGCACUGAGGAAAAUUCUUUUUUAAAAGCUAGUAUAUAUCCGGCAGCAUGGCACUCUCAUAGGUCCAGUGGGCUAACAUACAGGGUCACAAGAGAUAUCCGCAAGAUAUGGGUAUUUUUAUCUGAAGUGUAUGCCAUUGUGAUCCCAAUUGUGCUGCACUUUUUAAAAUAAAUACUCUUAUCAUUGGCAAAGGAAGGAUGUUCUCUUCUGUUCCCAAAUGUGAAAUUAAUGCUAUGAUGGGUGGUUAUUAACUUGAAUAAAAGUGGAAGAACUGCACACUGAGACCGAAUUGUUAAUUUUAAGAUUCAUGUGAGCAUUUUGUUUUUGAAAGCAAGUCUUUUUUUCUGUUGAUAGGGCAGUCUGGUUAGAUAGAUACUUUAUCUAUCUAGAUAGAUACUCGGUUUAUACCCGAGACAGAUUUACGGGGCUCAAGCAAAGUGUUUGGCAAACUUUAUUACUUGUCUAAAGAUGAUUGGAGAUGUAUCUGAUAAAAUGUCUGAGGCAGGCAGUAGAUUUUUAGAAAUCCAAAGUUCCACAGCAAUACCAAAGAAGGAAAAAUGAUCUAGCUGAGAUUAAUUUUGCAGAGCCAUAAACUUAAAGUGCUUAUACCACUAACUGUGAUUUUUUUUUGUGUAAGUCUGUGUACCUGUCUCAAAGGAUACUAAAGGGGGAAUAUGCUAAUGUUAAUUAUAACAGGUGAUUAUUUUGUAGCAUUGCAAAAGACUUGUUUUCAGAACAGAGAGAAAUUGAUGUGCAGAGUCUGACCCUUCCCUUUUGCAUUAUUAAGUUUCAUUAAUUAUUGUGGAGAUAAUAUGAUGCUUUUAACUGUGAAUAAUAGUGGAACUAGAUUCAGUGGAAUGUAGCAGAAAUAUUUAUCUCAUCGCUGAAAUGAAUGUGAAUAAGCUGGAAUGCUACAGAUGAACAUGAAUUUAAAAUGUGUAAAUUUGACCAAUUCCCAUAUCUCGGCAAGCUCAAUUUAUAGUAAAAAACAGCCAACUGACAUCCUGCCUUAAAAAUGUACAGUAAAAUAUUGAAUUUCUACUACUUUUAUUACUCGGGAGAAAUAAAUUUAAGCUCAUGGAAAACAUCCAUAAUGGUGUUAAGUGGUAUUGGGCUAUAAGGAAAAUUGCAAAGACCCUUUGUAAAACCUUUAUAACCAAAUAAGUCUCCUAAAAUAAUUAGUGCAAAUGAUGUGUGGGAUCCUUCCAGAUUCAUAGAUUUGAUCAAACAUUCUGAACAUUUUUCAGAAUGUAAAACUUCAGUAAGUCUGUUCAGAAAGAUUAAAGAAACAGACUGGAAAUGUUUUCUUUUGAGUGUUCUUGAGGUCACCAGUGGUGCUGUGACUUGUUAGUUUUAGAAUUAUCCUUGUUUAUUAUGGUAAAAUAACAUGUAAAGAAGACCUGAACCCUUUAUAAAGCAGCAAAUAUUUUACGGCUUUGCAUGCUUGUAUUUUUUACCAUUGCUGGAGGUUACCACUAAUGCAGUUUCAAGCUAUAAAACAUCUCCUCCUGCUGGAGACUAAUGGAACAUCUCUAACUUUAAAUGCACCAAGACUUGUUAGUAUAAAGACUCAGAAAACUGCGAAUAGUUUUAUUUUUGGUGCUUUGUGUUAAGAGCUCAAAGAUAUUUCUCAUCAUUGAAUAUACAGCUGUAUUUGUGUUUUGUAAAUAGAAAGUUUUUGUUCAGUUACUGUGUGCUUUCGGUAAGGCAUUAUGCCUUACUAGUGUUAUUGAAACGGUAAACAAGUAAUUUACUUUAUAUGUAACGAAACUAAAGCAUUAAAAUUGCACAUUUGGAAACUUGUGUGCAAGAACUUGUGACGAUAUUUAAUAUUUUCACAAAAGAAUAUAAAACGAAUUGGUUGUAUUCUGUAUAUUCUGCAUGGAUACCAUCUCUUGCUUUCUGCUUCACCUAGAAGCUCCAGGCAGAUUAAUUUUUCAUUUUUUUUUGCUUUAUGCCAUAUUCAGUAGCUAUUCUUCAUUUGUUUAUAUGCUAUGAGGUGCUUGUGAACAUUUCUGGAUGGUUUUUCUCCAGAAACAUAGGUUUUAAAUGGAAAGAGGAAGAAAGUAAGAUUUCAUGUGGCACUGCAAGAACUUUAUUUGUUGUUGUUGUGGCAAAGGAGAAGCAUCUUUCUGGAAAGAUUUCUCCUGUGGGUGUGUUGGCCACAGUGCGGAAUUUGAGUGAAGGUGACAUUUCUGUUUACCCUCGGUUGUUUGGUAGAAAUGUUUUUGUGAUGAAAGUGCUUCAUGGGCAUUAAUACAAGCAAAUAGUUUUUCUUGGCAAAUUGACCUUAUUGGUCAUUUUAAAGCUGCAUGUAUAGGUGAAUGGGUAAAAUAGUCUCUAAGGCCAGGAAAUAAGUGAGCUAAGUGCAAAAUAUAGAUUGUCAGCUGGUGUAUUGCACUGUUACAAAAAAAGCACUGAUUUAUUCUAAAAGUAAUAAAGUGUUUCACAGUUUGGCUGAUGAGUUUGUUUGAUUAUAAAUACAUGUAUGUAGUAGGUGGGUUUUUUCUUUUGUUCAUUUAGAGUGUACCAAGUAUGCAUUUGUUUGAAAAACAGCAUUUGAAUAUGAAGAUUCAGUAGUCAUUGUAUUCUAUGUAUGAGUUAACCACAAUCUUAUUUGAAUUUUAUAUAGCUUUAUGUAAGUUUGUGACAUGAAACAUUCUUAAGAAUUCAGUUUUUUUCUUUAAGAGUUAACCUAAGCAUAUUUAUCCUCAUGGCACAGAAAAAAACAAAGCAAACCAACCUGGAAAUUGCUCAGUUAGAUUAAUGGUAUUUUAUGGGAAUCAAGUAUUAUGGUUUGAAGUAGCAGAGCUACAAGUUGAAAUACCCACUUUCAUAAUGUUGCAAUCACAAAUCCUUUUUGAUUUUUGGUUUACAUCAGCUGGACUGUGCUUUUUCCUGCUACAGCAAAUCGACUUGUUUUACUAGGUGAAUAACUUUUUAAUAGUAACUUUGCAAAACUUGUUGAGGGCCAUUUUUCAUUCCUGAGUGCCUUCUGUCGGUACCAAUUAGGUAACCUGGUGAGCAGGGUAGGUAGAGUUUAGGUAAUUGUUUGCUGAAUUAUUUGUCUUGAUCAGAAAACCAAGGUUAAAUUGGAAUUGGUGAUUUCUGAUCCCAGUCCUGUAGUCUCAGUUCAGUAAGUCUUAUAGCUCAAGCUAAAUAAUUCAUUUCUAACAUUUGGGAACACUGUAAAGCUAUUAACGAAUUAAGAAAAAAAGAUUGUACUUUCAGUGGAUCUUGAUCAUGAGUGAAAGUUUGUAACCAAAAACACUAUCCAGAUAUUCCUUACUUAACAUCACUUAUGAAUAAAAAUACAUUUUUUAAGUAGCUAGAAAUUGGUGAUGGUAUUGGUUAUCUAUGGAGUUGCUGGAUUGAGGCUCUUCGGGAUCAGAGCUGGAAAUGCCAAAUUUAUAAAAAUAUAUCUAUUGUCAUUUGAAUAACAGUAGAGCUGAAAAUUUACCUAAAAUUUCAGACUCACAUUGUGUGUGAAAAUUUGUGUUUUAGGGAUGUAAAUACACUAUUGGGCUGAAUUAUGACACUUGAAAAACAGAAAAAUAAGUCCUUUUGAUACAGAUGUUUUUGACUGUAAAAUGUCAGAAAGAAAAACCUUAAACUUUUUCCAUCAAAAUAUCCUGACUUGUUACAGUUCUGUGUACUCUGGUAGUCCUGUCACACAACUGAAUCGUUGUAUUACCUAGUCUUGAUCAAUUCAGUCCUCUUUAUCUUGUUCUUAAGCGAUUACUUUUUGUUUUGGUUAUCAAUUUAUGGUUUGGAAAACAGUCCUUACCCCAUAAGCUGCCUUUCAGGGAAGUAAUGCAAGAUGCUAAUAAAACAAUGAUGUUGUGCCAGUU